AUGCGCGAGAUACACUACACUAUUCAAAAAGCUGCCACAGAGCCAGCACGUUCCAAUUCCUUCCUGGACGCAUCCCGAUCACGAGGAAGAAGGACAAUAACAAGAGGAACACCUCCAACAACCACUCCUCCUUCUACAUCCGGCAACAACAACACAAAAACUCAAACCGUGUCCAACCCAAGCAACCACCAAGUCGAAAUCCGCAUCGGCAGCCCACCCCGCAACGUCGAAACAUCGCUCUACAUCGGCAUCCUCCCCCGCUCCGCCUUCCAACGCUUCACCCGCGCAACCUGGACCUUCCACCACGAAUACAACAACAACACCUUCUGGCUCCCUUUAGGCACCGAACCUCACUCUGCUCAAACUCUCCUCCGCUGGAUGUCCUGGAACAUCAACCAACCCCAACCACUCCCCAUCCAUCUUCCCGAAACAUUCGAAGAAGGGGUAGAACUGGCUUUUGCGGCGAAAAUGUUCGAAAUCAAGUGGCAUUUUACGGAAAUUUUGAAGGAGGGGUUGAUGGGGUAUAUGAGAGGUGCGGCGUUGACGAGUGAGGAGUUUCGCUUGGGGUGGGAGAAGUUGGCGGAGGAUGCUGAUGUUGCGGGGGCGUUGGUCGGAGGGUUGAGGGAGAGGUAUCGGGAUGGGUUGAGGUGGGGGUUUGAGGGGGUGCCGGAGAGGAAGAUGAUUAUGAAGUUUGCGGAAGUGAAGGGGAUUUUGAUUAUGUGGUGA